AACGCUGACGCAGAGCGUGGUGACGCACCCUUUGUUGACGCUGCGCUGUGGGAGCCGCCCCCGGAGCCGAGCGAGGCGGACGGGUUGAUGUCGGUGCUCGGUGGACACGCCCCCCGGGGCCCUCCGCACGGGAUCCACGGCUGAGACACGGCGAGGGGACCGGGUGAGGACCGGCGGGAGGGGAGGAGCCUCGGGGCCCCAGGGGGCCACAGCCAGAACCUGGAGCUCCUCCCCCUACAGCUGUCAUAACAAGAGCGGAGCCUGGCUCCCAGGGGCCCCUAUAGGGCCACAGUCAGAGCAACCUGGGGCCACAGCCAGAGCAACCAGGGGCCAGAGCAACCAGGAGCCACAGCCUGAGCAACCAGGGGCCACAGUCAGAGCAACCAGGAGCCACAGCCUGAGCAACCAGGGGCCACAGUCAGAGCAACCAGGGGCCACAGCCAGAGAAACCAUGGGCCACAGUCAGAGCAACCAGGGGCCACAGCCAGAGAAACCAUGGGCCACAGUCAGAGCAACUAGGGGCCCCAGCCAGAGAAACCAGGGGCCACAGUCAGAGCAACCAGGGGCCACAGCCAGAGAAACCAGGGGCCACAGUCAGAGCAACAGGGGCCACAGUCAGAGAAACCAGGGGCCACAGUCAGAGCAACUAGGUGGCCACAGUCAGAGCAACUAGGGGUCACAGUCAGAGCAACUAGGGGGCCACAGUCAGAGCAACCAGGGGCCACAGCCUGAGCAACCAGGGGCCAGAGCAACUAGGGGCCACAGUCAGAGCAACCAGGGGCCACAGUCAGAGCAACUAGGGGGCCACAGCCAGAGCAACCAGGGGCCACAGUCAGAGCAACCAGGGGCCACAGCCAGAGAAACCAGGGGCCACAGCAAGAGAAACCAGGGGCCACAGUCAGAGCAACCAGGGGCCACAGUCAGAGCAACCAGGGGCCACAGUCAGAGCAACUAGGGGGCCACAGUAAGAGCAACUAGGGGGCCACAGUCAGAACAACUAGGGGGCCACAGGCAGAGCAACUAAGGGGCCACAGUCAGAGCAACUAGGGGGAUUAUUACUGUGUCAGCAAGGGGUAUAGUAGGUAAAUGUUAGGUUAUUACAGUGUCAGCGAGAGGGUAUAAUAGGUAAAAGGUUGAUUAUUGCGGUGUCAGCGAGGAGGUAUAAUAGGUAAAUGGCAGAUUAUUACAGUGUCAGCGAGGGGGUAUAAUAGGUAAAUGGCAGAUUAUUACUGUGUCAGCAAAGGGGUAUAAUAGGUAAAUGUUGGAUUAUUAUGGUGACAGCGAGGGGUAUAAUAGAUAAAUGGAAGAUUAUUACGGUGUCAGCGAGGGGUAUAAUAGGUAAAUGGCAGAUUAUUACGUUGUCAGUGAGGGGAUAUUAUAUGUAAAUGGCAGAUUAUUACGGUGUCAGCGAGGGUGUAUAAUUAAAUAGCAGAUUAUUAUGGUGGCUGCGAGGGGGUAUAACAGAUAAAUGGCAGAUUAUUACAGUGUCAGCGAGGGAGUAUAAUAACUAAAUAGCAGAUUAUUAUGGUGUCUGCGAGGGGGUUUAACAGAUAAAUGGCAGAUUAUUACAGUGUCAGCGAGGGAGUAUAAUAGGUAAAUGUUGGAUUAUUACGUUGUCAGCGAGGAGUAUAAUAGGUAAAUAGACUGAUUAUUACGGUUUCAGCGAUGGGUAUAAUAGGUAAAUGUGCAGAUAAUUACGGUGUCAGUGAAGGGGUAUAAUAACUAAAUGGCAGAUUAUUACGAUGUCAGCCAGGGGGUAUAAUACGUAAAUGGCAGAUUAUUAUGGUGUCAGCGAGGGGGUAUAAUAGGCAAAUGGCAGAUUAUAACAGUGUCAGCGAGGGGGUAUAAUAGGUAAAUGACAGAUUAUUGCAGUGUCAGCGAGAGGGUAUAAUAGGUAAAUGGCAGAUUAUUACUGUGUCAGCGAGGAGUAUAAUAGGUAAAUAGCAGAUUAUUACAGUCAGUGAGGGUGUAGGUAAAUGGCAUAUUAUUAUGGUGUCAGUGAAGGGGUAUAAUAGGUAAAUGUUGGAUUAUUACGUUGUCAGCGAGGAGUAUAAUAGGUAAAUGUGCAGAUUAUUACCGUGUCAGCGAGGGGGUAUAAUAGGUAAAUGUUGGAUUACUAUAUUGUCAGCGAGGAGUAUAAUAGGUAAAUGGACUGAUUAUUAUGGUGUCAGGGAUGGGGUAUAAUAGGUAAAUCAUAGAUUAUUACAGUGUCAGCGAGUGGGUAUAAUAACUAAAUGGCAUAUUAUUACAGUGUCAGCGAGGGGGUAUAAUAACUUAAUGGCAGAUUAUUAUGGUGUCUGCGAGGGGGUAUAAUAACUAAAUGGCAGAUUAUUACGGUGUUAGCGAAGGGGUAUAAUAGGUAAAUGGCAGAUUAUUACGGUAUUAGCGAGGGGGUAUAAUAGGUAAAUGGCAGAUUAUUACGGUGUCAACGAGGGAGUAUAAUAGGUAAAUGUUGGAUUAUUACGUUGUCAGCGAGGAGUAUAAUAGGUAAAUAGACUGAUUAUUACGGUGUCAGCGAUGGGUAUAAUAGGUAAAUGUGCAGAUUAUUACGGUGUCAGCGAAGGGGUAUAAUAAGUAAAUCAUAGAUUAUUUCAGUGUCAGCGAGGGGGUAUAAUAACUAAAUGGCAGAUUAUUACGAUGUCAGCCAGGGGGUAUAAUAGGUAAAUGGCAGAUUAUUAUGGUGUCAGCGAUGGGGUAUAAUAGGUAAAUCGUAGAUUAUUACAGUGUCAGCAAGGGGUUAUAAUAACUAAAUGGCAGUUUAUUACGGUGUUAGCGAGGGGGUAUAAUAACUAAAUGGCAGAUUAUUACGGUGUUAGCGAAGGGGUAUAAUAGGUAAAUGGCAGAUUAUUACGGUGUUAGCGAGGGGGUAUAAUAGGUAAAUGGCAGAUUAUUACGGUGUCAGUGAGGGGGUAUAAUAGGUAAAUAGCAGAUUUUUACGGUAUCAGCGAGGGGGUAUAAUAGGUAAAUGGCAGAUUAUUACAGUAUCAGUGACUUGAAUUAUAUCCGUGAUGGAUUGCAAGAGAACCCCAUGUAGGAUGGUUCACCUACUCCCUCUUGUCAGUCAUUUGUUGGCAUAGACCUUAAAGGACCACUAUAGUGCCCUCACCCUCAGGGUCCCACUCCCGCCGGGCUGGAUGGCGAGGAAUGGGUUAAAUAUUACCUUUUUCCAGCACCGGGUGGGGAGCUCUCCUCCUCCUCUCCGCCUCCUCGGCUGAAUGCGCAUGCACGGCCGGAGCUGCGCGCGCAUUCAGCCAGUCUCAUAGGAAAGCAUUCACAGUGAGAAGCACGCAAACGCCUCUAGCGGCUGUCAAUGAGACAGCCACUAGAGGCUUUAGAGGCUGGAUUAACCCAUUUAUAAACAUAGCAGUUUCUCUGAAACUGCUAUGUUUAUUAAAAAAAUGGGUUAAUCCUAGAGGGACCUGGCACCCAGACCACUUCAUUAAGCUGAAGUGGUCUGGGUGCCUAGAGUGGUCCUUUAAUGUUCAUGGUAUAGAGGGCCAUCCUGAUGAUUUAUCGACCAUUGAAGGAAGGUAGCACAAGUUUUAUUAUAUUAACAGAAUCUCUGUAUAUUUAGUAGUAAUUCUGGUACUGAUGUAAUCCUCUGUGGAUGAUUUUAUUAUGUUUUUUUCAUUGAUAUGUAUCAUGAAAGGGCCCAAUUUAACCUAACAUUUUGAGUUUGCCACUAAUAAUCCCUGUUGGCUUUCUCAGGAUGAAGACAUUGUUUGAAGAAAUCAAGGCUUCAAUUAAAAACAAUGCUGAUCAUGACCGCUCGUUUUGGAGACCUGUGCUGCCUUGGGGAGGGGUUUUCACUAUAAAAGCCGGGCGUAAAGCGGUCUCGUGCACACCGCUAUAUGUUGAGAUAAAGCUGAAAAACACAUGCACAAUAGAUGGAUUUCUGAUGCUGCUCUAUGUCAUUUUACGGGAAAAUGAGAACUUCCCCAGAGAACUGUCCCACUACCUUGGCCGUGAGUUUGUGGACUGUUUCCUUCAGUUGAUGGACUCCUACAAUUUUACAUCUGUCAAGCUGCUGUGGAUUUGGGACAAGAUGGAGAAACGCCAAUACAGAUCUGGAAUUCACAAAGCGUCCUUAGAAAUUGACUUGUUUGGGAACGAGCACGAGAACUUUACUAGAAAUCUCGAGCAUCUGAUGGCCACAAUUCAAGAGAGCUACUGUUCAAACUCGCAAUGUCCCACUCGUUUUCAGGAGAAACACAUGCAGACAGUCCUUAUCAAGUGAGUGUUCGUAGAGCAGCUCCCAAAUAUUACAGUGUAAAUACAGUGUAUGUUUUUAUUGUUGCUUUUUAAUUCAUAAAAAUGUUAAAGAAAAAUCUAAGUUGCCAACAAAUACCUGAAAGGAGAAGGAAUUCUCCACGUCAGCUAGGUUUCUAACUUCGCUAUUUUGGCCUAAUGUUUGUCUGUAUAUGUUUCUCUUCAAUAUCAUUUGAUAACAUUGCAACCAGAAACCAGAUUGAGGUAAAAGAAACACAACCCCCAAUGCAGCAAGGUUUAAUGAACAGCCACAUUAAUCUUGUAUAACUUUAAUUUUCAGCCCUCCUCACGAAAUACCCCACGGGGACCUGAUUCAGAUGGCAGUGGAUGAGCUCUUCUGCUCCAAGUUUGAACUGUGUGAAGAGGUCGGGUAGGUGAUUCAGGCCCCAAACAACACUUAGUUGAUUGGAGUGGAUGUGCUGUGCAUGCAUGUAAAGCAUCUCUCUCUCGUAGGUGUGGAUGCUUGAGGGAGUACUCUGCUCGAAUUUUCUGCCACGGGCCCCCUCCCUUUGUUAUAUUAAACAUGGAGCAGUGGAAGUCCGAAGAGUUGGCUUACGUACCCUAUUAUUUGGAUCUAUCAGAGCAGAAGUAAGUAUAAUGGGCAGGUGAUUGAGUCACAACUUGAAAUCAGCACUCACCGUAAAAUUCCUGUAUACAACAAUAUUCUCAGGUUUAUCUGUUAGAGAGUAUCUGCCUGUGUUUUAGUUUGGGGAUGUGAUCUUGGCAUUUCAACCCUCCCUUACUGAUUAAAAAAAUAAUAACGAGCAGAGAACAUUUGAUGACAGUUGCCAGCCAGUCUGUGAUGCCAAGAUGCUCUUUUAGGGAACAGAAACCUGUGGAUUACUUUAAAACCUUUUAUUGCUUGUCGUUCUGGGCAGUGUUCCACAUGAAUCUGUAGGACCCACAACUGCAAUGUCAACGUUUACCCAUAUUGGCAAAUAUAAAAUAUCCUCUAAAAAGAGGGUUCUAUAUUAUAAAAUAAUGUGUGUCAGUUCAAAAGAAAUAAACUAUAGAACGCUUUUCACUGUGUGCUUUUUAUUUCUAUGAUAUUUUGUAAACAUGUUAUUUACAAAUUGUGUAAAUAUUAAUAUAAUGUAUACAUUGUGUUGGCAUAAUUUCCCCAUAGUGUAUUCAUUAAAAGAUCUAGUUAUCUGAAGAUCACCACCCGUAGGUGCCGUCUUUGCUACUAUGCAGAUAGCAUCCCAGUAGCAAAAUGCCAAAUAACGUUUCAUUAAUUAUCUGUUGGCAAAUUGUCUGCAGGGUGUAAAGAUAGAAUCUUAUGCUACCCAAGGUAUAUCAGUGUGUCCAGGUGCACUCAGAUUCUGAUAGAUAUAAGAGUGGACAUAAGUAAGAAAAUAAAUGUUAUUAGUUUCUAUGUACAGGACUCAUGUUACUUAAAAGAAAAGGAUAAAUAGAGGAGGAAUCAUGAAUUACUAUCUGAAAAAACAAAACCCGAUGGUGACUUUUCUUAUCAAAGAAGAAAAAGCAACAAAGUCUAAGACUGAUGUAAGAUUGGUACUGUUGCAUACUAGCCAACAGGUUUCCCUGUGUUUAUAACCACUAGGGUGCAGAGCUGAUAUAGUCACAUCCUGCACUUUACACCAUCUCAAGUAGAAUAUAACUCCUUUAAACAGGCGUGUCAGGCAAUAUGUGCAGGAAAGCUACAAUAACUUGAUUGGGCAAGAUUGUUUUAUUUUCUUUCCCCCAUUCAAUUUAAUAAUUCAUUAAAAUGAAUCCCAUCUUGCUGUUUUUACCAUUUGCUCCAAUGACACUUCUGUACAUAACAUAAUGACUGUCAUUCACAGAAGAAAGCUGUUAAUGUCACUGCAACUCUCGAAGUCCCUCUAAUGCCUAUAAAGCACAGAUUUACACACCACUGCUAUUGUAAGCACAGGACACUUCCUGGAGAAAAUGUGAGGAUUGAGAAGGGGAAAUUAACAGAAUUAAAAUCUUUAUUUACACACCAUUAUGUGUCUUAGUGGUUGGUGGAUGAGUUUGUUUAAUGGCAAGCCCUGUCUAGUUUGAGCUGGGCAUUUUCUAUAUACUAAAUAGAGGCACAUCAGAUGGCUGAAUGUAAGAUGGUAAAUCCCUAGUCACGAUGGUAACAGUGCUGUCCACCCCUUCUCCUUUCAGGUAUUUGUUGGAAGGUGCCACACUGUUCAAUAAAGAUGAACACCAUUACUCCGCAGCCUUCCAGAUUGAUGGCUAUUGGAUGCAUUACGACGGCCUUAGGAACGUCAACUUAAUCUUAUUAAACAAACCUCCAGAGCUGCUUCUACUUUCUUCUUUAGUCUAUGUGCGUGCUGCAGAGAAGGAGCAUUAGUAAAAAGAGAGGAAAUUGUUCUCGCCCAAGCAAUAUGAAGGGCUCCUCGUGUGUGUUGACUUGGCAUCCAAGGUGAUUUGAUUGAACUACAGUAGUUCUAAAACUGUCUGGAGGAAAAAAACCUUCCGGAAAAAAAAAAAAAAAAAAAACCCAGGAGGAAACCUAUGCAAUACUUUAUAAUUCUUUGUACUGGUUAUAUUUUUAUACACAUGCAGAAAUUGAUGUAUAAUAAAAAAUAUAUAUAUUUUGUU